UUAUGUUUGCGUCAUUCGUACUUAACAUCAACGCAUCAAAAACAGACGUGACAGAGUAUGCUUCGUCAUUUUGGCAUUAAAAAAUGGCAACAAAUGGUGCAGUGCUAACUGAGUCGCAAUGCAAAAUCCACUGUUUAAAAUUAAAAGCAGAGGACGUGUUAAGAGCUUUGGUUCUAUGCUUGUCUGCUAAGAGUAAAGAAAAAUCACUUGCAGCAGUAUUGAACAAUCAUAAAGCUAAAUUGAAAACGCUUAGAAGCAUGAAAUACAGUGGUAAUAAAGACAAAAUAUUCCAACGUGGUAAAACUAUCCGAAGCGAUGUAGAUGUUAAUGAAUUUGAUUUGACCUUAUUGAUUGAUCUUCUACUCAACAUACCUGCUUUAUCAUCGUGUAUCUCUCUUGAUUUGAAUUUGAGUGAAAUCUUAAAAGUUUUAAGAGAGAUGCGAAACAAUGGUGCUCACGGAGUAUCAAAGCUGUACAGAGAUGUAGAGGAGAAAAUGUCUCAUCUUCCUUUGCCUAGCGAUUGUCUAGAAUGGAAGAGGAAUAUAGAAAAGUACGAAAAAGGUCUUAAGGAUCUUUUAAAAUUCUUAAAGAUGCAUGACUGUAUUAAUGAGACGGAAUACAGAAUUCAUUUUAGUGCGAUCGAAAUGGUGCUCUUAAAUCGAAAAGAAAAAUAUUGGCCCAUUUUUGAAGAACGAUCGGAACUCAAAAUAUCAUUGCCAAAACUUUGCGCUGACAGGCGACUUGAAGUUACCUAUGAAGCAGAUAAAGUCUUAAACUCAGAGGGGAAGUGGAAUCUAAACAGUCCACGAUGCAACAGACUGGCUGAAGAGUUUGAAUCGGCAGCAAUUGGUCUUUUGCAUGAGCAACUUGGUCUGCAAUUUGAUUCCAAUGUGUUUCAAAUAGAUUUGACCACAAAUAAAUAUUUCAAAAAAGAUGAACUUGUAACUGCCAAGUAUUCAAUUCAUAUAACAUCUGAAGUUGAAGAAUUGCCUGAUGCCUUUAAGAAAUCCCAUAGCCCUGAGUCUUGUAAAUUACGAGAGGAAUUAACAGAGAACUUCCAAAAGCUGUUUUGCCACAAGUACGUCAAUAAUCCUGAGGACGUUAAGAUAGAAUGUUCCGGUUGGGAUUAUCGCUCAAUUCAUAUCUACUUCAAUGUUUACACGCAGCAAGACCACCAAAUGUCUCUGGACUAUCAAACCAUUUCACAAAACCUUAAAGCAUCUGUGGUAUCAGUUUUAAACAACCAUGGUUUGAGUGAUUGCCCUGUUUCUAUACAGUUGGAGGAUAAUUGCGAAAAAGAAAAGCAAGGCUUGCUACUUGGAUUUCUCAUCUCUUUUAAAGAUGAAACAUACUUGAAAAAAUAUGAUCAAAUUGCAGGAAGCUUGCCAGAGCAAUACGUGAAGAUUAUCUCCAAGAUGCACCAACCUACAGGAAAAUUAAAUCUUCAACCAAAGCUGGAGGAAGACGAGUGGAACGAAAACCUUCAGUUUUGCCUAUCAUAUUAAUUUGCAAUGUUCUCUAUUGUUUCCGGUAAAGUUUGUAAUUAUUGUGCAACUGUUGUGCAUAUAGAAAAUACACUGUGUCGCUUUGUUGUGGAACAUGUCUUUUUAUGGCUGUUUCACAGCAAUUUGUCAAGCAUUUUUUGUGUUAUUGGAAGUCAAGCUUGCAGCACAAAUUAUGUCUACACCAUACACACAAAUAGCUAAAUUCAGGAUAUAAACAAGAUCAGAAUACUGAAUUUGGGAACCAUUGUUACCCUUACCACUGUUUCCCUAGAUUUGUUGUACAGUUCUGGUAUAGUUGGAAUACAUAGUUUCGUCUAACCUCUAUAUGUGUGGAUUAUUUGUGUAGACAGAAUUUCGUAUAAUUUUAGUAACCCUUUUUGCGUUGUUAAUCGGUGUGUCGUAUUAAAUUUAUUAAUAAUCAGUAGGGAAGCACUUAACGUUUUUGCUAAACAUUUGAUUGAAGAAUUAAUCGCAUUUGUUUGUUUGCUUUGUGCACUGUAAAAAUGCCCAUAACUUUUCACCUUGAUCUCUCAGCAUGAACGAAUUAUCGAGUGUAGGCCCUUAAAACACAGAAAAUUAAUCGACUAGACAUUUUACAGAGUUUGAUUUCACAAAUGUUUGAUUCUGCACCUUUAUAGAACUUUCUUUACAUAUAUGUAUGUAUUUCGUUAAUAAAUAAAUAAAAAACAAGAAACCUUAGGGCUUAUUUAUUAAUUUAAUUAUUUAUUAUGGAUAUUUACACAGGAUGUACACUUCAGUAAUAAAUUACCGCUAUUAUUGCGUGUCCUGAAGAGAUUGGGUGUCCUGAAGAUUUCCGCCUUGUUAAGAGAAAAAUUCUAAUGAUCCACCCAAGGCUGAGAUUUCCAAUUUAAAAACAGGAUAAAGGAUCAAAUGAUUGCGCAAAACUUUAUUAUGUGACUUAAUAAUCGCGCGUGAUUACUAAAGUAUACAUUUUAACAAGAGCCUCGACAUUAAGCGUGGAAAGCAAAUUGUCAUGG